AUGGUACGUGUUAGAAAACGUGAAACAAGAAAUAAUUCUAAAAUUCAAGUGCCAGAGCAGAAAUCAAGAGUUGAUUGGAGGCGAACUAAAAGAAGUAGUAUCUCACACUUACUUGAUAGUGAUGAAGAGCUUAAUAGUGAUGAAGAGUUUGACAGUGAUGAAGAAUUUGAUAGUGAUGAAAGUGCUGAUAAUAAUGAAAGCACUGAUAAUAGUGAGGAGUUUGAUAGCAACAAGGAGCUUGAUGGCAAUAAAAAGCCCAAAAAUGAAAGUGAGCUUAAAUUCAUUAAAGUUGAAAGUGAAGGAAACAACGGUUCGCAUCUUACUAGCAUUGGCAACAGUUCAACAUGUGAAGAAGAAGAGAAUCAAAGCAAGCGUAGGAGUAUUGACUUACCAGAUCAUGAAAGGCAUCCAAGUCAGGAGGAGGAGGAUCUCAGCAAACACACUGGACAAAUAAUAGAGGAAGAUUUAGAAGAACAUGUCAAGGGAGGGAGGAGAAAAAGGAUAUCCUCGGUGAUGUAUGAUAGUGAUGACAGUGAUGACAGUGAUGUACUAGUUAUAAAAGUAGGAGGCAAACGUCCACGAAGAGUGAUUGAAGAUGAAUAUUCUUCAGUGGAGAUGGAGCAAAAUAACUCUGCAAAAACUUUAGCCGCACGAAAACAAGAACAGCUCCGGAAGCUGAAAGAACUGUCAAAGCAAAGAUCUCGUCAGAGACACAGCAGUGACAGAGAUUUGGAGGACUCUGAAAAGGAAUCCUGUCCAAGUAAUGAUGAAGAUGAAGAGGAGGAGAAAGACGAUUAUGAGUCUGAUGAAGAUGGAGAUGAUUAUAUUAUUGAUGACUUUGUAGUACAAGAUGAGGAAGGUGAAGAGAAUGAAAGCCAAAGAGGAGAAAAAUUGGCUACUUCACAACUGAAAUUAGUAAAACAGAAUUCUCUUUUUUCUUUUAGUGAUCACUAUACUCACUUUGAAAGAGUUGUGAAGGCUUUGCUGAUAAAUGCUUUAGAUGAAUCUUUUCUGGAAACACUGUAUGAUGGCACUAGGAAAAAAUCAUAUGCACAAGAUAUGUUGACAUCUCUUCAUUAUUUGGAUAAUCGCUUUAUUCAGCCUCGUCUAGAGAGUUUAGUUUCAAGAAGUCGUUGGAAAGAGCAAUAUAAGGAGCGGGUAGGAAGUUACUCUAAUGUAAUUAUUCGGAAGAAGAACCCUCAACAUUGUUCGUGCCAGGCUUGUGGAUUGCAUCGCUACUGUAGCUACUCAGUGCAUUUAUCAGGAAAAUUGUAUAAUAACAGGACUAUGGAAGCAGAUGAUUUCAUGUCACGUGAUAAGCAGGUGUUUACUGUUGGUAGAAUUUGUGCUGCUCGUACCAAGAUUUAUCAUAAACUGAAGCAUUUUAAAUACAAGCUCUACCAGGAAUGUUGCUCCACUGCGAAGACAGAAGAAGUAGAAGAUGAACUGGUUAAAGAAACAGUGGACAGAAUUUUCAGCCAGUCAAGAGAAAGUGGCUGGAUUAAGGAGAAAUAUGGUCAACUUGAAGAAUAUCUCAAUUUGGCGGAUUACUUUCAAGAUGAGAAGUUUGACUGA